AUGGAGCAGGAUGGAGAAACUGAGCUCAUCCUGGUGGAGCGGAGCAGUGACACCACGCCACCAGUCAGAGCCACAAUCCAGGAUCAAGCAUCUACGAAAACACCAGGGGACGAACCACUGCAUGAGAGAGAAGAUGAGCAGAGGAUGAAGAAGACGACGUCCUCCAUGACCAAGGCAGAACUAGAGCAGGCCCCGAACACCAGAUCCAUCAGGACGGUGUUCUACCUCAACAGACAGGAACCAAGACGAAGGUUGUGCAAAGACACCUCUGAGACAGUCCAGCACAGAGUCGAUGAUGCAGAGAGCACCGUCGGUGUCGAGUUCACUCCCACAAUCCCUCACUGCAGCAUGGCAACACUCAUAGGUCUGUCAAUCAAAGUCAAGCUGCUGCGCUCCCUGCCCGACAGAUUCAAGAUCGAUGUCCACAUCACUCCUGGGACUCACGCCUCGGAGGAAGCGGUGAACAAACAGCUGGCCGACAAAGAGCGAGUGGCAGCAGCUCUGGAGAACUCCUCGCUGCUUGAGGUGGUCAACCAGUGUCUGUCCAGCAGGAGCAUCUGAGCAGCCAAUCAGCUCUGCGUCUUCUUCUUUCAGCGUCCGAUAAUAUUUUGCAGCACAACUCUCUGAUCAGCCAGAAAAGCCUGCUAUUAAGAUGCUAGAUACAAGAACAGGAAACAUAGUAUUCACUGUGUUAAAGAGAUCAAUACACAUGUUUGUCAUCUUGCAGAAUAGUCUGAACAAAGCAGAGGAUUUAUUUGAUUUGAGGAUUUUAUCAGAGAAAGUGAAGAAAUUCUUCUGGUUACGUUUUAUUAAGGUUGAUGCCUGUUUUAUAUAAUGACAUUUGUAAACUUAUCAAAGGAGGAAAAUAUUCUGACUCAUCAUCUGCUCAGAGUCUGCAGAAAUAAUUCAAUUCAGUCAUAUACACAUUAUAUUAAUGCUUUGGAAAUUUUAUGAAAAGUCUGCCUGUCUGUAAUUUAAAUAAAAUA